AUGAUGAGCAAUACCACCAGUAGCGGUAAGGGACCCACAACAUUCAUGUGGAAUAGUGUGCCACCCAGCGGCGAUAUGCCCCUGCACGGGUGCUGCCACUCUCUUGCAAAUUACAAGGACGAACAACUUAUUUUAUUUGGCGGUGGCGCCCUGCACAUCAUUUUCAAUGAUGUUUAUUGUUUUGAUUUGAAGACAUCCACAUGGUCAUACAAGGAAACCACUAAUAGCGAGAUCGUGGCUCCUCGCAUUAGUCAUUCUGCUGUAGUGCAUGAGGAUAAAAUGUAUGUGUAUGGCGGACAGGAUUUAUACAUGCCCACACGAUUUGCUGAUGUUCUUGUGCUUGACUUAAUCACAUUCACGUGGUCUCUUAUUCAGCAGCAGGCGACGCCCGCGCCCGAUGGACCUGGGGACCGGCGACUUCACACUGCGCACAUUUACCGUAACUGCAUGUAUGUACUUAUGGGUGAACCGUGUAACAUAAGCAAUAGCUUCUGGUUUUUAGAUCUUACCACGCUUGAGUGGCACCCCGUACACUCGAGUGGUUGGUUUGGUAAGCCUAUCCUACCAUUGCUGGGCCAUAGCGCACAAGUGGAGGGCGAUUACCUUUACGUCUUUGGCGGCUACCAUGCCGACAGUGCACGACGAAACGGAAGUCCCGUGUACAAUAAUUCUCUUUUUUCUUACCACUUUCCGUCCAAUACAUGGCGUGAGGUGGUGCCAUCCUCCGGUCCUCGGCCGAGUCCGCGUUAUGCAUCUGCGAUGGCAGUAAUUAGGGGUCGCGUGUUCAUUUAUGGUGGUGAUGUAGAUGGAGAAGUGUACUUUGACGACUUUUGGUGCAUAGAUACCAAUAUUCCCUCUUCGGCGGCCUCUCAGUCGUCUUCGUCGUCGUCAUACACAACUUCAUUAGUGGCGGCACCGCCAGCAGCAUCAAGUCGGUGGAUAGAUAUAACGUUAAGUUGCGGAAGGGGACGUCCAAGUGCGCGCAGUGGCCACGCUUCUGCAGUGGCGCAGGGUUGUUUAUUUGUUGUGGGUGGUGAACUUCCAGGCGAUAGGGACGUUGUGUAUUAUUCAAAUCGAACAUAUCGCUACCCCCUCGGCUACCUCACACGAUUAUCACUCGUAGAACUUUCGUCACUUUGGUUAGCGAAAUGCAACCCGGCAAAUAUUUGGAUGUUGGACACUCAAAUCCCCCGGCAUGUCCGUCAACUGCUGGUGCGCAACUUAAACGCACAAGAUCGGGAGAGCACCGAUGACAUGAUGCCGUGCACACGUGUGGUUUGA